UGACUCAUUUCAGCAGAGGUGUUUGGUAGUAGUUGUCACAUGUUUUCCAGGACUAAAAAUCUAAGACUUCAGAGGAAACAUCUGGUUGCUAAUAUAGCCAUUGCCUGAAUUUACCAUAACCAGACUACUACAUUAGCUCUGAAUUGUGCCUGGAACACAUAAUAUGUAGCAAACAAACAUGUACUGAAUGAGAGAUUGGAUUCACUUAACACCAACUCAAAUGAAACUUCAUUGUGAGACACUAUGAAUUGAAGCAAUAAAUCGAAAAGAAAUAGUGUGGCAUCUUCUUGCAAGAACAAAAUUAAUAGAUGUGCAUUGUGAACUCAAGUUAAUUUGAAAAGUGAGAAGAUGACUGCAUUAAUAGCCAGUGGAUGUGGAUUCUUUGGACCACAAUGGCCAUUUGAUGAUAUCCCAAAGGCAGUCACAAGGAAAGUUAAAGGAGGAAAUAUUGAUGUACAUCCAUCAGAAAAAGCACUCAUUGUUCAGUAUGAAGUGGAAGCUACCAUUCUUGGAGAAAUGGGUGAUCCCAUGUUGGGAGAACGAAAAGAGUGCCAAAAGAUCAUCCGUCUUAAGAGUCUCAAUGCCAACACAGAUAUAACUUCCCUGGCACGGAAGGUGGUUGAAGAAUGUAAACUUAUUCAUCCCUCAAAGUUAAAUGAGGUGGAGCAGCUGUUGUACUAUCUACAGAAUCGCCGUGACUCGUUGUCAGGAAAAGAAAAAAAGGAAAAAUCAAGCAAGCCUAAAGAUCCACCUCCUUUUGAAGGAAUGGAGAUUGAUGAAGUUGCUAACAUUAAUGACAUGGAUGAAUACAUUGAGUUAUUGUAUGAAGAUAUUCCUGACAAAGUUCGGGGUUCUGCUUUGAUCCUGCAGCUUGCUCGAAAUCCUGAUAACUUGGAAGAACUACUACUGAAUGAAACUGCCCUUGGUGCAUUAGCAAGAGUCCUAAGAGAAGACUGGAAACAAAGUGUUGAGUUAGCUACAAAUAUAAUUUACAUUUUUUUUUGCUUUUCCAGCUUUUCUCAGUUUCAUGGACUUAUCACUCAUUAUAAAAUUGGAGCUCUCUGUAUGAAUAUUAUUGAUCAUGAAUUAAAAAGACAUGAGCUGUGGCAAGAAGAACUCUCUAAGAAGAAGAAGGCUGUUGAUGAAGACCCUGAAAACCAAACCUUGAGAAAAGAUUAUGAAAAAACCUUUAAAAAAUACCAGGGGCUUGUGGUAAAACAGGAACAACUCUUACGAGUUGCUCUUUAUUUGCUUCUGAAUCUUGCUGAAGACACACGUACAGAACUGAAGAUGAGGAACAAGAACAUAGUUCACAUGCUGGUGAAGGCUCUUGAUCGGGACAAUUUUGAGCUGCUUAUUCUAGUCGUGUCAUUCUUGAAGAAACUCAGCAUUUUCAUGGAGAAUAAAAAUGAUAUGGUGGAAAUGGAUAUUGUUGAAAAACUGGUAAAAAUGAUACCUUGUGAACACGAAGAUCUGCUGAAUAUCACCCUCCGGCUUUUACUGAACUUAUCCUUUGACACAGGACUGAGGAAUAAGAUGGUACAAGUUGGGCUGCUUCCCAAACUCACUGCACUCCUAGGUAAUGAAAACUACAAACAAAUAGCAAUGUGUGUUCUUUACCACAUAAGCAUGGAUGACCGCUUUAAAUCAAUGUUUGCGUACACUGACUGUAUACCACAGUUAAUGAAGAUGCUGUUUGAAUGUUCAGAUGAACGAAUUGACUUGGAACUCAUUUCCUUCUGCAUUAAUCUUGCUGCUAACAAAAGGAAUGUUCAGCUUAUCUGUGAAGGAAAUGGUCUGAAGAUGCUCAUGAAGAGGGCUCUGAAGUUCAAGGAUCCGUUGCUGAUGAAAAUGAUUAGGAAUAUUUCCCAACAUGAUGGACCAACUAAAAAUUUAUUUAUUGAUUAUGUUGGGGACCUUGCAGCCCAGAUCUCUAAUGACGAGGAAGAGGAGUUUGUGAUUGAAUGUUUGGGAACUCUUGCAAAUUUGACCAUUCCAGACUUAGACUGGGAAUUGGUUCUUAAGGAGUACAAGUUAGUUCCGUAUCUCAAGGAUAAACUAAAACCAGGUGCUGCAGAAGAUGACCUCGUCUUAGAAGUGGUCAUAAUGAUCGGAACUGUGUCUAUGGAUGACUCUUGUGCUGCACUGCUAGCCAAAUCUGGGAUAAUCCCUGCACUCAUCGAAUUGCUAAAUGCUCAACAAGAAGAUGAUGAAUUUGUAUGUCAGAUAAUUUACGUCUUCUACCAGAUGGUUUUCCACCAAGCCACGAGAGAUGUCAUAAUCAAGGAAACGCAGGCUCCAGCAUAUCUCAUAGAUCUGAUGCAUGAUAAAAAUAAUGAAAUCCGAAAGGUCUGUGAUAAUACAUUAGAUAUUAUAGCGGAAUAUGAUGAAGAAUGGGCUAAGAAAAUUCAGAGUGAAAAGUUUCGCUGGCAUAACUCCCAGUGGCUGGAGAUGGUAGAGAGCCGCCAGCUGGAUGAGAGUGAGCAGUACUUGUACGGAGAUGAUCGCAUUGAGCCGUACAUCCAUGAAGGGGACAUUCUUGAAAGACCUGACCUCUUCUACAACUCAGAUGGAUUAAUUGCCUCUGAAGGAGCCAUAAGUCCAGACUUCUUCAAUGAUUAUCACCUUCAAAAUGGAGAUGUAGUUGGGCAGCAUUCAUUUCCUGGCAGCCUUGGAAUGGAUGGCUUUGGCCAGCCAGUUGGCAUUCUUGGACGCCCUGCCACAGCUUACGGAUUCCGCCCUGAUGAGCCUUACUACUAUGGCUAUGGAUCUCGAUAAAGUCAUCCCUUUCUGUGUGUGCUCUCAGCUUAGAAGAAAUCUGUGUGGGUUGGGUUAACUUUGAAUCUUGGCUAAUAAUGCAUGUGGAUAUUACUGCAGGUCUGUGUUUUUGUUUUUUUUAUUUUCUAGUGUUGUUAGCUACAAAUUAACUCUGAUCCCUCUGUCCUCUGUUACAUAUAGUUAGACCCUGUUCACCACAUCUUGGAUGGUGAAUAACAUUUCCCGUGCUAUUCAUAGAGACACAAAAGUAAACGCUGAAAAGCAUCCAGCCUGGAAAACACACUACAUUAUGUACAUUGAGUGACUAAUUUAAUUUCUAUUAAAAAGGAUAAAGUGCAAAUGAA